AUGUCAGACGAGCUGCUGGUCAGCGACGACUCGCUGAUGAAGAUGGAAGAGGACGGCGAGGCUAACAGCGAGCAGAUGCCGCCGGCCGUGGAGAGCGGCUCGGCGAUGUCCGAGGGCUCCAAGAUAGACGCUAGCAAGAACGAGGAAGACGAGGGAAAAAUGUUUGUUGGAGGCCUGAGCUGGGAUACUACAAAGAAGGACUUAAAAGAUUAUUUCUCGAAGUUCGGGGAGGUAGCGGACUGCACGCUUAAACUGGAUCCAAUGACAGGACGGUCCAGGGGGUUUGGUUUUGUGUUGUUCAAAGAGCCCGACAGCGUUGAGAAGGUUAUUUUACAAAAGGAGCACAAACUAAAUGGCAAGGUAAUUGACCCUAAAAAGGCCAAGGCCAUGAAAACCAAGGAACCAGUUAAGAAGAUCUUUGUUGGUGGCCUUUCUCCAGACACGCCGGAGGAAAAAAUUCGAGAGUACUUUGGUGGAUUUGGAGAGGUGGAAGCCAUUGAACUUCCCAUGGAAAAUAAGACGAAUAAAAGACGAGGAUUUUGCUUCAUAACCUUUAAAGACGAAGAGCCUGUCAAGAAGAUCAUGGAGAAGAAGUACCACAACAUAGGACUGAGCAAGUGUGAAAUUAAAGUGGCCAUGUCCAAAGAACAGUACCAGCAGCAGCAGUGGGGGGGCCGAGGUGGUUAUCCUUCCAGGUCUCGGGGGAGAGGUGGUCCAAAUCAAAAUUGGAAUCAAGGCUAUGGCAGCUACUGGAAUCAAGGUUAUGGUAACUAUGGUAACUACGGCUACACCAACCAAGGCUACGGGGGGUAUGGUGGCUACGAUUACUCCGGAUAUAACAACUACUACGGAUAUGAUCAGCAGAGUGGUUAUGGCAAAUCCCCAAGGCGAGGUGGUCACCAAAACAGUUACAAGCCAUACUAAUAUAUUAUCCCCACUAAGUACAAGCAGGUACGUUACCAUAUUGCUUGUCACAAACCUUUGUUAAUACAAAGCAUAUUUUUUUCAUAACUAUAUUUACCGCUCUAUUGUUUAAUGUACAUGCUUAAUUAUUUUUUCACAGCACCCUCAAGUGCUUUACAGUAAUGGUAACAUAGACAACAGUCUCUAUUUGUGGUUUUAUUUAUUUUUUUAUUUUUACUUUUUUUUUGCGCGAUAUGUAACGUCCGGCUUUCCAUGCUUUGUGCCGGUAACGGUAAAGUUAACCGUAAAGUUAACAGGUAAAGUACUGCUUAAAAAAAAAAACGGGAACCGAAAUUUAAGGAAAUGGCAGGAAAAAGAGAAGAAUGUUGUCUCCUAAUUCUGACAUAUACCUUGUUUGUACCUGCCAGCGGGAACUUCCUUGCAGGCCAUGAGUCCCGCUGCCUUCCCGAUUCACUCAGGCCCGCUCAAUGCGGACAGGGUACGAGAGGCGUACGCUCUCGAAUGCCACCGUUUGGUAUGGUCUUCCGACAUCCUGUAUCAGCAUUGUAAAAAAGAAACAAAAAAAAACAAAAAAAAAAAAACAAAUAAUAAAGUGGAUACAUCCCCUUUGUCUUCUUCUUUUAAUUUUUUUGGGUAUUGUUUUAUAAUGUAAAGGAAUACAUUAAUGUAAUUUUAAUGGUAUUUUUUGCAGGCCCCCCCACAAGUAAUGGUUAAAUACGACCUCUUACUGAAAAAAUAACUCUUCAUUUUUCAAAGGAUACAGCUUUCUCUGGAUUUUCCAGUGUCUUUUAAUAUAUGCAUUUCUAAUCUAAAUGUAAUGCUUGCUUUUCUUUAUUCAUAGCCCUUGUAGCUGUAAUGCCCACUAGUCCAUGAGCUAAAACCUGGUUUUACUUGGAUGCCACUGCGUUGGAGAAGUCCUUUAUAUCUAUACCUGUAUUGUCUCUUGUGUUACUGACAGCGGAGGAAAGCUUCCAUUGUAAACCUCGUUAAUUUUCCUCUAACAAGUUCUCUUUUUUUAACCUUUUGAAAACCUGCUCCGAUGUUUACAAAAAUUUGCAUGUAAUGUUUACUUUGUGUAUUCUUUUUGCUUUUCUGAACAAUUGAAGGAUUUUCUUAUCAGUAUUGCAUUUGGCUUUCGACAUCUUCAAUUUGUGACACUUCAGGAUUUCUAGCUUAUGGACUAUUUUUUUUUUUUAUUGUUAAUUAUAGAUUUAUCUUUUCUUUUUGUGUCAAUAAUGGAUCGUGUAAAGACACAGGGAUGCCUUUUAAUGUUAAUUUGUACGUUUUGUUCACUUACACAAUGGUUGUUUGACAGUCUGUUUUUUUUUUUGUCUUUUUCAGGUAUUGGAGGAUAGUUUGUCUGCCGGAAGUUUGGAAGAACCUGGUUUAGAAAAGUACACAAGCCAGUUUCUGAGACACAUUUUCUGUUUUAUAUGUGUUAAGUCAUUGCUUUAUUUUGAUGCUUUUGUGAUCUUUAAUUCUUUGAGCCCUGUUUGGGCUUUGUAUACACGUUGUAUUUUGUGGUACUUUAAAAAGCCUUCAGUGUUCUACCCUUUUUUCCUCAGUAAUGAGUUUUGCGGCAUUGUGUGAAUAUAUAUAAAACUUACAGCUUUAGAUUUUAGUGCUUGUAUUUCUAAAUGAACUCUUUUGUAUAAUUAUGUUUUUUGUAAGUUAUCACGUUAGUCAUCUAGAUUUUUUUUUUAUGGUCAAUAACAUUAAUGUUCUGUUAUGCACUAGAUAAUUCCAAUAAAGAACAGAAUACUCUACUGUACUAGUAUAUAGAAGCUUUGGCACUCUCGUUAAUAAUUACACAUGAAAACAAAUGCCUAAAUAUGAUUUAGUGUAGUUGUUUCUCUCGUUCAAAUGUGGGGGGAAAAAAUCCAGAGCAAAAUAUUUUGAUUAUGUGUUAUAUAACAUUUUAAUAUUGAAAGCAGAGUAACUUUGAGAUGGCUGGUUUAAUGAAAUAUUCCAGAUAUGUUGCCGAUAAUCUCAAAGUUAAAGUUAAUUGUUUUGCGUGUUUUGUUAUAUUCAGCCGGGGGAACAUUUUUAUACCAUUACCCAAUUCAUUAUUUGUUGUAGUAUGUUAGCUAACAUACAAAUGCUGACAUCUGCAAAAUAAAAUAUAUUAAACCGGUUCCAAAGUGUUUACAGUAAGUCCAGGAACAGCAGCUGUUUAAAAAGGUGAUCUCUGUGAAGAACAUUUCAAUUGUAUUAUAAGCACUUAUGACAACAUUCCUGCAUUGCCUUCCUAUUACAGAAAUUAAGAAGUUUGGAAAGUAUAUAGUGAUAUGUGUGGAUUUAAUAAUAAAUGCAUUUUUGUUCAACAA